GUUUCUUGGUGUUACACAGUUUUCUCCUACUCACGCCAGAAAAGCCUUUCCUUGCUUUGAUGAGCCCAUCUACAAAGCCACUUUCAAAAUUAGCAUCAGGCAUCAAGCAACUUACUUAUCUUUGUCCAACAUGCCAGUUGAAACUUCUGUUUUUGAAGAAGAUGGAUGGGUUACAGAUCACUUUUCACAGACCCCUCUCAUGUCCACCUAUUACCUAGCUUGGGCAGUGUGCAAUUUUACAUACCGGGAAGCUGUCACCAAGAGUGGAGUAGUUAUACGGUUAUAUGCAAGACCUGAUGCAAUCCGAAGAGGAUCGGGGGACUAUGCUCUAAAUAUUACGAGAAGACUUAUUGAAUUUUAUGAAGAUUAUUUUAAAGUGCCCUAUUCCCUGCCAAAAUUAGAUCUGUUAGCUGUGCCUAAACAUCCAUAUGCUGCUAUGGAGAACUGGGGACUGAGUGUUUUUGUGGAGCAAAGGAUACUGUUGGACCCAAGCAUUUCUUCUAUAUCAUACCUACUGGAUGUCACCAUGGUCAUUGUACAUGAGCUAUGUCAUCAGUGGUUUGGUGACCUUGUGACUCCAGUUUGGUGGGAGGAUGUGUGGUUGAAAGAAGGUUUUGCUCACUAUUUUGAAUUUGUCGGGACAGACUACCUCUACCCAGGAUGGAACAUGGAAAAACAGAGAUUUCUGACAGAUGUCCUGCAUGAAGUUAUGUUGCUGGAUGGUUUGGCCAGUUCACAUCCAGUAUCCCAGGAGGUGCAGCAAGCCACAGACAUUGACAGGGUGUUUGACUGGAUUGCCUAUAAAAAG